AGGCUCUCUUCAUUUUAUUACCUUGCUGCUCAUUCUAAGUCUUAUACUUCAUCUGUUCAAGAUUCAAGCUAUACAGGAUCACAGCACCAAGUCCAGGAUGUGGCUUUUCAUUGCCAUAGCAUGCUUACUCCAUCAGGCUACAUAUUCAGAAGGACUCAAGGACAAAAGACAUUUGAAUCCUCAAGAAUUUAUGUCUCCUAAUGAAAUUAUCAAAUACUGGGGAUACCCCAGUGAAGAAUAUGAAAUCCUGACUGAGGAUGGGUAUUAUCUCAAGGCAAACAGAAUUCCACAUGGAUUACGCAAUCCUGGGAUGUCAGAGCCUAGGCCAGUUGUGUUGUUAGUACCUGGAGUCCUGGCUGAAGCUAGGUGCUGGCUCGCAAAUAUUCCAAACAAUAGUUUGGGAUUUUUUCUAGCUGAUGCUGGCUAUGAUGUAUGGAUAAUAAAUAACAGAGGGACCACAUGGUCUAGAAGACACCAGAACCUAUCAAUCAAUCAAGAAGAAUUCUGGAAUUUCAGUUUUCAUGAACAGGCAAUGUAUGACAUUCCAGCCACCAUCGACUUUAUCCUGAAGAAAACUCAGCAAGAUAAAUUACAUUAUAUUGGCCAUUCCCAGGGUGGUUCAUUGGGUUUUAUCUCUUUCACAGCCAUGCCACAAAUUGCUAAAAAAAUCAAGCUCUUUAUGUGCUUUUCUCCUCCCUAUACAUUGGUGCGAACCAAGGGACUCAUGAAAAUGAUUGUGUCCCUUCAUGAUAGAGUCAAAACACAUCUAUGGGGCAAUAAGGAAUUCGUAUUUUUUAGUAACAAGUUGAAAACCAUCAAUGCCAAUUUGUGCAGCCAUCCAGGAAUAGACAAAUUAUGUCUCCAACUAAUUUUCCUUGUUUCAGGUUUUAAUGAGUAUAAUUUAAAUGUGAGUCGAACAGAUGUAUAUAUGGGAACCUAUCCUGAUUUUACUUCUGUAAAAACAGUAAGACACUGGAGCCAGAUUGCGAAAUCAAAAGAAUUUAAAUAUUUUGACUAUGGAAAAGAGAACAAAGUUGUGUAUAAUAUGACCAAGCCUCCAUUCUAUAAAAUAGAAGAGAUGAUGGUGCCAACAGCUGUAUGGAGUGGUGGGAAGGAUAUUAUUGCACAUUCAAAAGACAUUGAAGAAUUGCUGCCUCGAAUCACUAAUUUAGUUUUCUACAAAAAUAUUCCUAGCUGGCACCAUGCCGAUUUUCUUUGGGGUCUUGAUGCUCCCAGUCAACUAUAUACUGAUGUGCUUUAUCUGAUGGAGACAUAUAAAUAAAUAAAAACUUAGCAUAGACUGUGAACAAUGAA